AUGUCCGGUCCGGUGUUCUCGAUCCACGACGCGGGCGGCGCGGCGUGCUGGUCGAGGGAGUGCGAAAAGAUGUGUUGGGUUUGGGCAAGGGAAGGAAUGGUGGAAAACCUCACGAUUCGCCCCACCAAGGACUUGACUCCUUUCUUUUUCGCCGACUCGAGUGGGCCUCCUCAGGCUCUCAGGCAGGAACGUCCGCAUGGAGGCUUCUAUUGGAGGUACGAAAAAGUACUUCAGCGCUGCGCGACGUCGGGGUCCGACGCGACAAAUUCGCGUUACGCUCCACCGCAGCAGAUGUGGGGAUGUACUCUCAUGGGAAUCUGCUAA